CCCCCCUACCUGCGGACGAGCUGCUUGGUUCACGUCAUUCCUCGACAACCUGCCCUAUAUCAAUAGCAGUCCAUCCUCACUUGACACUUAUGUCCUCGGUCCCGCUGUGUCUAGUUGUCGAAGCUUACCACAAUAUCUCAGGCCCCCUGGUCCCUCUACAGAUAGGUAGCUCACCAUCACGCAGUUGCCUAUAAGACCCAGGCUCGCCCUCAGUUAACUUCCUGGGGUUCAACAUAACCGUAGCGAUAUACCUAUCGCCUACAUAGACCGUUAUGGCAUCGACAUCUACAAGUCUGGCACCGAUGGCAUCGGUAACAGAAGCCGCCACCGGAGGCAGAAGGGCCUGGUUGGUAGCACGGCAGAAGAUAAACGUCGAAGCAACGAUCCUAUACGCAGUAUCGGUCAGCGCUCUCAUAGGCGUCUUCAUCCUUACCCACAUAUUCCGUCAUGUAGCUGUCCGAUUCGGUUUGACUCGCUCGCGGAACGUGCUUUUGUUGCCCUUGAUUGCCACAACAAGGGCGGCUCGAAGAAUCUUCGUACGACAUCUACCCGGCUUCACUUCCACUGGACAUGCUCUCCUUGUGGUUACCUACGUGGCUCUAAACCUCGUCUUCAGCCUCUAUCGCAUAGACCACAGCAGGCCCACCGAUCUGUGCUCCCGUUUCGGCUGGAUGGCGACCGCAAACAUGGUCUUAGUCGUGUUCUUAGCUCUGAAGAAUACCCCAUUGGCCAUUCUAACGGCAUACUCGUACGAGCGACUAAAUGUCUUGCAUCAGAUAUCCGGGUACACGACACUUAUUUACACCAUAUUGCACGGCUGCAUCUACUCGGCCUACUUUAUCAAUGGCGGGAGGGUUGAGGUCCUUCACGAGGACGUCGUCACGGCGGGUAUUGUUCUGGGGUUUGCCUUGCUCUUCUCGGUCUUAGCUGGCAUGAUUCUGAGGCGUUUCAACUACGAACUUUUCUACAUUGUACACGUCGUGCUUUUCAUCGUCAUCGCUGUCACUUUGGGCUUGCACCGCCCCAGCUUUGAACACGAUCAGGGGCUGUACGCCGUCGUGGUCCUCGGCGCCCUAUGGUUCGGGGAUCGCCUCAUCCGGCUCUGUCGACUCGUCUACAACAGCGUCAACAACGAGGCCAACGUCUACGCGCUCCCGAACGGCGGUACGAGGAUCGUGCUCAAGAAACCUCUCCUCCGUGCCCGGCCUGGCAAGCACUGCUACGUCUGGCUGCCGAGAAUUCGCGCCUUCGAAACUCACCCCUUCACCAUCGUGUCUAGUAACCCGAUGGAACUCGUAAUAAAUACAUACAGCGGAUUCACGCGCGACCUUCACAAAUACGCCCUGGAGAACCCGGCAGCAGACCUGAAGGUCUCAGUCGAAGGUCCGUACGGCACAAUACCUGAUCCUUUGGAGUACGAUAAAGUAGUGUUGGUGGCAGGCGGCUCGGGUGCAACCUUCACAUUUGGCAUGGCGGCGGACAUGCUCGGGCGGAUGACAGAGGAUUCUCAACAACGCAUCGACUUCAUAUGGGCGGUUAAGAAGCACGAUAAUUUGACCUGGUUUACCCAGCACCUUAGCAACCUUCGGUCUCACACUCACGCCCCGAAAGUCGCUCUCAAGGUACAUAUCACAAACUUUGAGCCUGCGGCGUCUUCAAACACACUGGAAGAUGCCGAGCGUGCCCCGGGCGCGGGUACAUUGACGGAAGUCAUUUCUAAGUCGGGCCUCGAGAGGGGAACGGACUCCGAAUACCCUACUUUCAGCGCUGCGGCAUCGUCGACCGCCACCCGAUACGAUUCCGACAAGGAGGAGAGAGACAUGGGGCAGCGCUCCGAAGUCGCGUCAUCUACGUCGAGCGUGGUCGACUUGCCUAUUAUCGCCGGGAGGCCCGACACUGAGACGGAGAUAAAGAACGCGGUGCAGUCCCUUACGAAGAACCAGCGGGUUCUGAUUGCUGCCUGCGGGCCCGACAGCUUGACUACGGUUGUCCGAAAUGUCGCAGCUAGCUGCAUCAGCGUCAACGGGCCUGGCGUCGAGGUCCACUGCGAGCAGUUCGGUUGGUAGUAGUAGUUACGCGGUCACGAGCAUUACGAGUUAGAAGAAAAUUCCGCCCCUAUGUAAUAUGCAUCAGGGCCCUAGUCACCCUUGGUGGUGGUAACCGGCGUUGUUGGCACAUGUCAGUUUUUUUUAUUUGCCUGCAUCGAUAACUAGAAACUUCUCGGGUUCCAGGAGAGUGUGCCCUGAGUCAGGCUCGGGGGUCACCAGCCUAGAUCCACAUCAACAUAAUAUUCCAAAUCUCGAGCCCAUAUGCCAUCUGAGUAGAACAUGACCUAUCUGGCCGAGACACCUCGCGGUC